AUGUCACUGCCCAAUAGCCCCCAAGGAAGCGCUGCCGCAAGCCGGCCGAGUUGGCAAGACCAGCUUUCAGAGCACUGUAGACGCACAAAGCUACCAACUCCGAUCUUUAACAUUGUCUCCGAUCGACGAGGUACCUACCCGAUUCCGCUAUUUUUCUCCUUCACACCCUCUACCCUCCACCGUCUUUUCACCCCUCCUAAAAAUACCCCGUUUCCAUUCCCUGUGCUUUUCUUCCGGUUCACGCGUCUUGCCUUGCCUGCAACACGCUGUCGGGAUACUAAUUGCCCUUGCGUCGGAAAUGUAGGAGGUCGUACCGCUUGGUCAAGCACCGUCAGCAUCAAUACCCAGAACUUCUCCGCCCGCUACUGGUAUGAUGGUCAGUACAUCAACAAUGCCAAAGAGGAUGCUGCCGAAGUCGCCCUGAAGCUCCUCAAUCAACAGCCGCGUGCCUCGACCAUCUAUCCUGGUCAGAUUGAUUCGCGACAGACCACAGGCUAUGGCCGUGGUGCUGGCGGAGUCUGA